AUGGGAGAUGGAUUGGUAUGUGAUACUUAUGUAUCAUUACCAAAAGGAUUGGAGGAAGGUAAUAAGAAGAAGAGGGAUGUACCAGCCAUCUUAUUCUUGAUGGAUGCUAUUGGAUUACGUCCACGUAUUGAAGAGAUGGUAGAUGUUAUUGCUAGUCAGGGGUAUUAUGUAAUUGCACCUAAUCUAUUCUAUCGAACUGGUAAACAACCAAUGGUCGACAACUUACAAGAACUAUUGGCACAAGGUCAGAGUGGUCGCGAGCAACUAUUCACUCAUCUACGUCCAAUUAUGAUGAGUCUCAAACCAGAAUCUAUCAUGGAAGAUAUUGGUAAGUGGAUUGGCUAUAUUGACCGACAAACUGAACAUGGAGUCGUACCAAAUGCACCCAUUGGUGUAGUUGGGUAUUGUAUGGGUGGUACCAAUGCUUUCAGAGCAUCUGCUAUCUAUCCCGAUAGAAUUGUUGCAGUUGCUAGUUUCCAUGGUGGCAAUCUUGUAACUGACCAAACCAACUCUCCCCAUCUUUCAGCCUCCAAGGUCAAAGCUGAACUCUAUUUCGGACAUGCUGACAAUGACCAUUCUAUCGGGCCACAACAAAUAGCCACCCUUGAAAAGACACUUACCGAUGCCAACAUCAAAUACACCUCUGAAGUAUACCAAGGUGCUGCACACGGAUACACCAUGAAAGAUACUGUCAUGUACAACGAAGCAGGUGAAAAGAGACAUUGGGUAGCUUUAACUGAUUUAUUAACUAGAGUAUUUAAACAACCACAACAACAACAACAACAAUCUCGUUCAUAA